UUGAAACUAUAAUCAUAAAUUGAUAAAGCACACUAAAAAUAUUUCUGCCUAGAUAUUUCGCCAAUAUAACAGCAAUAAUAAAACAAAUCUUUUGUUUCAGCCCAGAGGAUAACAACAAUUCAGUUAGAUGGCGUCCAAUACUUUAUCUCGAGGAUGAAUCCCUAUAGCCCGGAGCUCAACUACUUCCUAGCUUAUCAGUAUUGCAGAUCGUUGGGCCUCCAACUGGCGUCGUUCGAAACGAAAGAGAAGGCAGACUCCAUCACGACAUAUCUAACUAAUGCAGGCUACAAUAAAUAUGACUUUUGGACGUCAGGCAACAAUCUUGGCACAGAUAUGUAUCUGUGGAUGAGCACAGGGCUACCGUUUAAUGCAACCUUCAAUUACAUGAGACGCGUUGCUAUGGAUGCGCCCGCGAUGCAUCCAGACGACAGCAUCGACCCACUAGAUGUGCCCCAGGGUAGCACAGCGCCGCAACGCACCGCUAGGCAUGGAACUGAGCACGUGAUGACCAACGGUUGCGUGGCAUUAAAAGCGCCCACCUUCCAUUGGGAGCCGCAGCACUGUGGCGAGAUCAAGGACUUCAUCUGCGAACAGACACGCUGCUACUACUACAAUUACGGCUCCAUCCCCGUCUCCUCCGCGCAGGGAAAGCCGCUAUCGCUGACGACAACAACCACCGCGCACCCGCUCACUUCGUCGUCACCGCCGCCACCGAUCAACGAGCACCUACCUACCCACUUUACUCUCAAUGACCUUAUUGGAAAAAUGCGUCCCUCGUCCCUCGACGGUUUGGAGUCUCCUCAUCUAAAGUCAGGAGCACUGCUCAAAUCACCUCCACAGAUUGAUUCACACUACUCGCGGGCAUCAGAUGCUCACGCUCGUGAUCACGAGGAGAAGGAAGAGCCUACACAGGGUCCGUAUGAGGACGACGAGGGAAUGGUCGGCGAUGAUCCCGCAGCUUACUUGGCUAAGGAGGCUCGCGCGGCUCCCGCUGAGGACAUACCGUCUACUGCCGAACCGGACGCUACUGAACAUUCCGUCCACGCCAGCGGCAUGCUGGCACCCCCCGCCUAUUAGCGUCCGGAAAAGCAUUCGCUUUGAUGCGUUCUAUUUUCAUGACAAUUAGGUAUUGUGACUACCAAAAGUAUUAUUCUUAUAAACAGAGCCAUUCUAGGGUGCUUAAGAUUAGGACGUGUUGAAGGUGCAUUUGGUUAAAUCGAUUAAUGUAAAGGAAACGUAAUUUUUGUGUUAACUGACAAAAUAUUAUGGUGAUUUUCGAUGGUUUCUUUGGGGCAAUAUGAAACAUGAAGGUGCUGGCGACUCGCCCUAUGCGACUUGCCUCCGUCUUCAAUAAUAGUGAAUAUCACAAAAUGACUGUUCCACAAAAUAUAGGUGCCUAAACUUCGCUAAGAUAGUUAAGCUGAGUUUUAGAUCUCUCCUUAUCCGUUUAAACCGUAAUGUAUUAAUUUAAGUUAAGAAAAUUAUGCAGAUAUUAUUUUUCAGGACAUAUCAUUUGAAAUAGAACUAUAAAAUAGUGUUUAUAUACGUGACGUACCUAGUUAAGUGUAUUAUGUUGAAUCUCAAGAAUUUAAGAUAGUGAAUGUGUAGCGAAGGAAAUAAAGAUUAAAACUUUGUAAAACUGGU